UAUAUAUGUAUAUAUACCUCUUAGACAAACACAUUGAAUGAAACUAAUAUGAGCAUACAUAUUUACAUGAAACUUCUAUAAUGGAAAUUCAUGUACAACAGAGGUCAUCAGAAUGGUUUGAGUUGAGAAAAUCUGUCCAGCUGACUGCAUCAAACUUUGGCGAAGCUUUGGGUGUAGGUCGAGGUAAACCAUAUGAUUUUCUUGUUUAUUACCUCACAGAAGAAGAGGAAGAAGAGACAUCUAGUUCAGCUCAGCAUGGUAUCAACAUGGAAGUUGUCAUUAGUGAAAUGUACCAGAUUUUAACAGGAAACCAGACAAGAGAAACUGGAUUUUGGAUACCAGCAAAGGGAGACUACUUAGAAGGUUUAGUUGGAGUAUCUCCUGAUGCUGUUGUUUUAGAUAAUACAAGGAAACCAGUCGGUCUAUGUGAAUUUAAAGCACCUGUCUUCUCAUUGUAUGGACAAAAUGCUCCACAUGGCAUACCUAGACAUUAUAUGGCUCAAAUACAAGGUCAGAUGGGUGUCUCGAAAUUACCUUGGUGUGACUUUCUGGCUGUCUGUGUGAAAACCAAAAGUCUUAUAUUAAAACGGGUGCAUUAUUGUCAAGAUUAUUGGGGUAAUGCUUCAAAGAUGCUGAAGGAAUUUUGUCUUGCAAUAAAGGAAGCCAGACAGAAUGCAGGCAACAUAGAAAAGCUAAACAAUGAGUUCAUCAACCAGCUGAAGCAAAAAGGAACAAACUACUCUAAAUUUCUCAGUGGAGAAUCAAGUAUACGCGUGGAAAACCUCCUGAAACUAAAUACCAAUAACAAAACCUUUGCUGGCCCAUCAGAUGUUUGGUUUACGUUUGAUUGUUUAAUGGGUAAUCACAUAGAUUUCCCUCCUGCUACAAGAGACUUUAUAGAUCACAGAAUUAAAGAAAUUGACAGGGAGAUUAGGUUCAAAGAUCAACAAUCUGAGACAUAAGUUAUUUUAUAUGUGAAUAGAGAAAUUUGAUAUUUUUUGUUAUAGAAUUGUUCUGUGGCAGCUUGACUUAUAUCUACUAGAUCUGUUAUUUUGUCAAAUGUAUUUGCAAAUGGUGUACUUAAAAGAUAAUUUAAAUUAUUUGUAAAUUAUACAAUAGCUAUCUGAUUAUGUAACUGAAGAAUAUCUUAUAUUAGGAUAUAAGUAAAAAUAGCUUACUCUUUCAAAUAUUAUUAAAUGAUAUUUUUUUAUUACUAUUUUAUAAAAAUAUUACAGAAAAUGUAAUUACAAAAAUGUAUGUACAAAGAAUUUUAAAAUAAAACAUACAUGCUUGUUAGCUAGGUGAACCAUUAAAUCAAUAAAACCUUUGUUUUCUACCAAGUUAAAGAAUUGCAAAAGUUAAUGCUAACCAAUCAAGUUGUGAGACAGGUGUAAGAGAAUCACUGAAUAAAACAGGAAAAAGAUGCAAUUUAAUACAUGAAUCAAAACUUGAUUGAUACCUGGCAAUAAUUAUUAUUUUACUGCUAAUUCAUAAUCCUUUAUUUUGGUUUCAUAUCUGCACAUUUGAAAAUAAUUGAUUCAAAAGUAAAAAUUAAAACAAAAGGUAAAAUGAAUUUUGAAAUUAAAAGUUUUGUGACUGCUACAUUUGAGUAAACAAACCAUUAAUUGUCACAUAAAUUCUAAACAGGAUGUUAAUUGAGGAGUUGUCAUUUCAGAAAAGUACAAAUUGUUUACAUUUGUUGUUUUGUUCAAAAUCUAAAGCAAAUUAAAUCAAAGCGAUCACCUUUUGAAUUAAGAGUUAUAAGUUAAAAAAAAUGUAUUCCAAGGGCCAUAAAAGUACCGUAGAGGUUUAGCAAGCUUAAAAACCAGAAUUCUGUACCAAGUCAGGAAUAUGACAGUUGUUAUCCUUUCAUUUGAUGUGUUUGCAGCUUUUGAUUUUGCCAUUUGAUUAAUGACUUCUGUUUUGAAUUUGUGUAAAUUGCAAUAAAAGCUGAAUCAACCAAUCAGAAUAAAAAGUUGGCAAGUGUAGAUUUAUUUAUAAAAUAUAUCUGGGUUUUUGAAGGUUCCUAGUAAUUAUGCAAUCAAAUAUAUAUGCUGUUGUGAUCACAUGAAAAUCAAAAAUACCAUUCAUCUACUGUAAAUUUUGUUAAUGAAAACUGCUUUGAUGCUGCAUAAUGAAAUACCAAUUGCAUUUUUAAGAUGUUAUCAGGGUCAUUAAUUGUAAUCCUACAUUUAUUCUUAUUGUAAAAUUUUACAAAUGUCAUGAAUGUAAUAAGAAAAACAUUACAAUUGGUAAAUUGUAUACGCUUCAAAAUUGUGAUUUAUUUUAAUAUCUCCAUCUUUUUUUCCUGAUU